AUGAAGGAGUUUAAUGCUACUCCAUCUCGCUUGCCUCACACCCCCUCCUGUGGAAUUAAUACUACGGAGACCCAUAAAAGAUUAAUCAAGGACCAGAAGCAGAAUUACAGCCAUGCUGCCAAUAUGUUCUUCGUAUAUCAGCUGGAAAAUCAGAACAGUAUCCAAAGUAAUAAUCCUCAUUCGAGCCCCCCCCCCCCCCCGCUUCGGAAAUUAAAAUCUAUUAAAGAUAUGGCAUCUUCCUCUCAGGCCCCUGAGAAGCUGAAGGUUAAGCAAGAAGAUGGUAGAGAGGCAGGCGCAAACGAUUCUCCAGUCCCUGAAAGAAAAAGUGCCUUAAAAGAAAAGUCUGCUGAAUGUGUCCAGAGAAAAAUAAAAAACCAAGAUCAGGGUGAAGGAGCUCGAAAAAUAUAUCGUAAAGCUCUGCUGAGUGUAUUUGGGGGAGAAUUGCAAGCCCGAAGAAAAACUUCUACAAAUGAAAUUCAUAAAGAAAGCUCUUCUGGAAAAGAGGAACUUGGACCAGUUAACAACCUGGGAGAAUUUUCAGUAGCAUCAAAAAGUAGAGGGCGAGAAAUUAGAAACAAUUCACAUUGUUUGGAAACUACACCACAGGAAAGUAACAUUGCUGUCAAGCAAGACAAUAAGCAACAAUGUUGGUCAGAUUAUAAACUAACAAGACCUGAACAUGAAUUGGAGCCUCAACAGAUUUCCAACAUUAAGAAGGCUGCUACAGAAACAGGACACAAAGCUAAAUAUAGCACGAGAGAACUUUCCAAGCCAGUGAAUACUUCCAAAUAUGUUCAUACAGGAUCAAGUGAUAAAAAUGAACUUUAUCAGGGAUCAAAUGACUCAAAUGUCCCAGUAAAAAAGAAAAUAGAUGCUCAACAGAUUAAAGUGUUUUGGAAAGAAAAUUACCAACCAAAACACAAACUUAAAAGCAGCUUUUCACCAAUUGGAGAGCAAAAAAAUAGUCAAGUUUGUCCUAAACAGUUACCUAAAGCCUCUGGCUGGAAUACUUUUGCUAGCCAAAGUAAAAAACAAUAUUGGAAAUCAGAAGCCCAUUGGAGAUGGGUCUCUGGAGCUUCAGAAUAUGAAGGUGAAGAGACCAAGCAGAAUAGCAACCAUCAGAAACCUUUUGCAAAAAGCUUUAGUGCUGGCGCAAAGCCAAAAAACAUAGCAAAGGACAAAUGGAUUCCCUCCACUUUAUCUAAAACACAAAGUGAUGCUGCAGAAAAGUGUGUGAACUUCCAGAAGACGGUUGUUGUUGAAUCCUCUCUGGAACCAGUGUUUACAGGUGAUUCAGAAACAUAUCAAAAGGGUAUGGAGCACAACGAAGAGUUUUCAUCUGAAAAUUAUAGAUCCAACAUGGAAGAUAGAGGACCGCUGGUCACCUUUUCACAAGAAAAUUCCAUUUCUAAUCACAGACUUUCAGAAAUGAUAGAAAUGUCAGCAUCAACAACGGAAUUUGUGAUGUAUCCUCCUCAUUUCUACAGUCAGAAAGUGAAUUGUUAUAGAAAACACCAAACAAGCAAUCUAAAGCCAACAUAUUCUUUUACAAGAUCCACUGAAAACAUUUCAUAUUCCAAUAAUCUCUAUGACAUUCCUUUAGAAAGAACAAUGAAAGCAGCAAAAGAUAAAAAACCUUCAGUGGAAAGUGCGCAAGAGAAAGUGUGGUCAUAUGGUUCUUUACGGGAUUAUAAAGAGAAAAAAAGACCCCAAAACAUGGAAAGAGAAACAUAUAUUCCCAUAUUUUCUUCAUCAUGUAAGUCAGAUUAUUUCACUAAUAAUUGUGUUGACCAGGAUUUGCCUAUGAGAUUGCCCAAAUAUUUACAAGGCGGCUUUAUUGACACACACUGCCAUUUGGACAUGUUAUAUUCAAAAACAUCCUUCAAAGGAACUUUUUCUGAAUUUAGGAAAAGACACAGCAGCACUUUUCCUAAAGAAUUUCUGGGCUGCAUAGCUGACUUUUGUGACCCUUGUAUUUUAAGAAACAACUUAUGGGAAGAUUUAUUAAAGGAAGAUAUGGUUUGGGGGGCAUUUGGCUGCCACCCCCACUUUGCUUGUUAUUAUACAGAUCUUCAUGAAAGAAAUCUCAUGCAGGCAAUGAGACACCCCAAAUCUAUUGCCUUUGGUGAAAUAGGACUGGAUUACUCUUACAAAUGUCGUACAGAAAUCCCAAAGCAGCAUGAGGUUUUUGAGAGGCAACUGAAUCUAGCUGUUUCCUUAAGGAAGCCAUUGGUCAUUCACUGCAGAGGUGCUGAUGGUGAUCUGUUAGAAAUCAUGAAAAAAUGUGUGCCGAAAGACUAUAAAAUACACAGGCAUUGUUUCAUUGGACGCUAUAGUGUCGUUGAACCACUUUUAGACUAUUUUCCAAAUCUGACUGUUGGAUUCACUGCAUUGCUGUCUUACCCAUCAGCAAAUGAGGUUAGAGACUCUGUUCAAAAAAUCCCAUUAAACAGAAUAGUGGUAGAAACAGAUGCACCUUAUUUCCUUCCUCGACAGGUGCCAAAACGAGUCAGCCAGUUUUCACAUCCUGGAUUAGCUCUGCACACAGUGAAAGAGAUUGCCUGCCUCAAAGAAGUGUCAUUACCUGCCACAUUAGCUGCUCUAAGGCAAAACACCAACAAAAUAUAUGACUUGUAA